AUGGGGGAACCUCAGAGAACCAUCAUCGAUAUUUUCUUCGACCAGAUCAAUAAAAAUCCCGACAAGAUAGCUAUCGAUGAGGAUGGGGCGAGCUUCAUCACGUAUGCCGACCUUUGGCGCUGCUCCACGAAGAUCGCAGGCGCCAUCAUACCCACGGAGAAGGACGACGGACAAUUGACACGGCGGGUAGCCAUCUGCCUCGACCGCUCUGCGAACCUCAUCUACGCGGCCUGGGGUGUGUUGAUGUCCGCGCAGGCAUACCUCUUUCUCGACCCAGACGAUGCCACUAACAGAAAUGUCAAGAUGCUCGAGGCAUUCGGUGUCGACAUGGUAGUAACUUCCCGAAAUCACGCUGGCAUGUUUCAACGCAGCGAGCUGAAGAAGCUAGAGGUUCACGUUGUGGAAGAGUUGCUCGCUGGUCCCGACAACAACGAGCUCAAGCUGCCGUACAUCGGCCCGGCCUCUACAGCAUACGUAUUACAAACCUCCGGCAGUUCGGGCAUGCCUAAAGGCGUCGUCAUCUCACACCAAGCUGCCCUUCCUGGCGUGGUAGACUUCACCUUAGACGGGAGCAUGCGCUGGCUCUUUUUGUUCAACCCCAUCCACUCGGCAUCGCAGCGUCUGAUAAUCGGUAUCUUCUGCAAAGGAGGUACGCUGUGUAUAGUUCCCAAGGAGAGACUGACACAACUACCAGAUGUAAUCGAAAUGAACAGAAUCGAGGCUCUUGGAAUUACCCCGUCGCUACUGAAGGUAUUAAACCCUACGCAAUUACCCAAGUGUCUCACCCAGGUUGUUUCUAUCAGCGAACCGCUACCGCAAGAUCUCGCCAACAAGUUCGCUGAACGCGUUGAGCUCUAUGUUGCUUAUGGGCUCAGUGAGGUUGCUCAGCUCAACAUCAAGCGGAGGUUCAAGCCGGGCGACAAGUCCAACCUUCUGGCGUGGCCGUCUGACAGCACCCGAGUUAAGAUUCUUGUUCCGGGCACGGAACAAGAAGUGUCGCCGGGAGAAUCAGGAGAGCUGUGCUUUAUUGGCCCUCAGUUGGCAAACGGUUAUCUUGACAACCCAGUAGCGACGGAGAAGGCUUUCCACGAGAACCCGUUUGGAAAUGGGAUGAUGCUCCGAACAGGGGAUGAAGCAUGCGCGACAGAAGGCGGCUUCAACAUAACGGGUCGUUUGGAUGACAUGAUCAAGAUCAACGGCCAGAAGUUGGAGCCAGCGGAAAUUCAGGCUGUCCUUGAUAAGCAUCCGCAUGUCAUACAAUCCCGUAUCGUUGGGGUGGAAUACGAAGGCGUCAAACAUCCGGUGGCGGCAAUUCAGUUGCACCCAGAUGUGGAUUGGGCAGAGACGAAGCUCGAUCUCUUAAGUCUCGCUCGCCAAAACCUCCCUGCGUAUAUGAUUCCAGAUUACUGGAUGAGACUGGAGAUGAUGCCGCAGACAGCGGCCGGCAAGUUUGAUAAACAGCGCCUGAUUCGAGAGAUCAAGUCGACGCCUACCAAGGACUUACGCCUUCGCCCGCCGUCCUGUGAUGAAACGCCAUUGGACGACAAUGAGCAGGUGAUCAGGAAAGUGUUCGCAGAUGUGCUUCAAAUGCCAGAGAAUGACAUUGGGCGCGAUGCAAGCUUUCCAGAUCUUGGCGGCGACUCGAUGCAGGCCUUCGAAGUGAUCAACAGAUUACGCGAGAAGGGUGUCCACGUAACCAUUGAGGCCAUCGUUACUAAGCGUGAGAGCAUCUACUCAUUGCGCAAGGACGUGAUCACGGCGCGGCAGCAGCGUCAACUAACGGCCAAUCUGAUGUCCUCGGCAGACGAGAAUGACCCGUUUCCACUUUCUGAAAUCCAAACGAGCUUGAUCAUGAUGACCAUGCAUUUGGGCAGCCUGAAUUAUACCUAUCAGCGGUUGUGGGAUAUGCGAUCUAUUGAUGUAGAGCGGUUGAAACACUGUUUGCAACAACUCCCAUCCUUGAAAACCACCGUGAUUGAGAUCAACGAUCAGCUCUUCCAGACCAGGGCAGGAGAAGUCUUUUUCAGGCAUGUCAAAGGCUCCUUGUGUGAGUUCCUUGGCGAAGAUCGCGCCGCGGGGUUCAAGUAUGGAGAACCAUUUGCACGAUUUGCCUUGGUUGAGGAUGGCGAUGAUUAUGUUCUUGUAGAAACACGUCAUCAUGCCUUAUUCGAUUUUAUUUCGUCUAGGUUCAUGUGCGAAGAUGCCGCCAGGCUCUAUCAGAGAGAACAGCCUAUUGCACGCCCGCCGUAUCGGCGGUUCGUUGAGGCUAUGGCCCAGAAAGAUUGGACUGCUACCGGAGAUUUCUGGAAAAGCCAUUUGACCGGAACUGAGCCAUGCCAGCUGAACUCUAUACUAGUACCUGGCGCCAGAAAUGCUAAGAGAACUCUGGGCAGUAGCAUAUACGAACUCUCGAAGCGUCUAAGUGUCACCGAAGCUAGUGUCGUAGCCACGGCUUGGGCAAUCGUACUCAGCAAACAGACAGGCUCCAACUCGGUCCUCUUCGGCACCACGUUUUCUGGUCGGGAUGAGAAUGUCCCCUACAUAGAGGAUAUUGAUGGGCCAACCUUGGCAGUCGCUUUGGUGAAGUACGAGUUAGGGGGCAAGCUUCGAGAUAUUCUGCGAUAUGGCCAAGCAGUAUUGAGCGAGACCCAAAAGCACUCUCAAUAUGGACUUAUCAGAAUCCUCAAAGCUGCAAAUUCCAACCCUGAUAUUUUUGAUACGAUGGUCAACUUCGUUCACCAUCGAGAGACCGGCAAUGCCGUUUUUGAAAGGUUUGGCGAGGAGCCACAAUGGAGGACCGAGCAGACCACCCUCAUGAUUGAGAGAAUAAGAGUCGAUGCUCUGCGACCUGUCUCCUACAAGGUCCGUCUGACCGGCGAGAUGGAGCAAAGGCGGUUGGAAUUUGUGGUGGACCAGUUCAUCAAAGUAAUUGAGCUGAUGAUGAACGAGCCCAACAGAGAUCUGCGCUACGUCAAUGUUCUCGGAAAAGAGGAACUCGAGUUGCUUUCAGAACAUAAGCAGCUGACAGGCCAACCUCGGGCGACUUUGCUCUCUGAUUUUGAUGCAAUGGUGGCCAGAUAUCCAACGAAGAUCGCGUUGCAGUUUGAAACAGCGCAGUACAUGUCUUACCAAUCACUUGACAAGAAAGCAAAUCAGUUUGCGCAUUUCUUGACUGACGAAUACGAUGUAAGACAGGGCGAUUUCAUCUGCCUAACCUUUGAUCAUUCCAUAGAAGCAAUUGUGACAAUGCUGGCAGUCCUCAAGGCGGGUGCCGCUUUCGUCCCUCUAAGCCCCAAGAGUCCGACCGAGCGCAAAAGGGGCGUUAUUGCUGAUACGGGUGCCCAACUCUUACUCACGACAAAGCACCUACUUCAUGUGUGUCGCCAAGAGGAUUUAGGGAUCAACGUGGUUGCUGUAGACAGCAUCGACUACGAUGCAUGUCCUGCUGUUACACCAGAUCGUGUUUGGCUCGGUGCAGACGACACCGCAUAUGUCCUUUGCACGUCGGGAUCCACUGGCAGACCCAAGGCGGUUCCAACUUCUCACGGCUCAAUCGCGGCGUUCCUGACCACGAUGCGCGAGUUCGAGCGAUUGACCCCGAAAGACAAGUAUCUGCAUUUCAGUGACUAUGUGUUCGACGGGGUCAUCCACGAAAUCUUCACGACUCUCAGUACAGGUGCGACUCUCUGCAUUCCGUCGGAAGAGAACCGGCUCACGAACCUGGCUCGUGUCAUGAAUGACAUGGAUGUGACUCACGCAUUUCUGGUGCCGAUCGUCGCUCAUGAUAUUGCAAAACAGGAGCCUGAGCCUAGAAGUCUGAGACAAAUGGUCAUAGGUGGCGACGCCCUAGAUCAGAAAUUACUGCGGACGUGGACCAUCGAGAAGAAGCGCAAGAUCAUCCAAUGCUACGGGCCGACGGAGACUACCGUCAUGACUAACCUCCGCUACAUGCAGGGUGGUGACCUGCCAAAUAACCUCGGUUGUCCCGUGCCCACGGUCCAACAGUUCAUACUACAGCCAGACGGUGGCACCGAGCUCGUGCCGUAUGGAGCGGUAGGCGAGCUAUGCACAGCUGGGCUUCAACUCAGCAAGGGAUACCUGGCUAGGGAACGAGAAACACGAGAUGCUUUCAAGCGGGUCAAUAUUGGCGGCAUAGAGACCCAAAUCUACCGUACGGGAGAUCUGGCCCGCUUCCUUCCCGGGUCCGAGAUUCUGUAUCUUGGACGCAAGGACUGUCAAAUCAAGAUCAACGGCAAACGUGUCGAGUUAGGCGAGGCCGAAGAAGUUUUCCGAUCUUCUAAGCUUGUCGAGGAUUGUGCAGCCGUGGCCGCCAGGAUACAAGAUCGGUACCAAAUCGUUAUGUAUGUUGUGUUCGACAAGACAAACGCCCUUGAUGACCAUCGGCUCAAACAGGAGUUGUGGAGCGAGGUAGAAGCAGGUCCUCUGAUGGAAUACAUGAGGCCAAAAAUUCUGAAGCCUGUAAACAGCAUUCCAAAACUCCUCUCGGAUAAAGUUGACCGAAAACGCAUUACCCAAGAAGUACAGUCCAUGAGUGCCUGCGAGUUGUCUGGGCUCUUGUUCCCUCCAACCGACACUAAUGGACUUCAGGAAGCUGCUUUGACCACAGACAAUGAGAAGCUCCUUGCCACAUUGUGGGCUGAAAUCUUACGGAUACAAGGAGAUUAUGCAUUCCAUAAAGCAAGUCAUUUCCUAAGACUUGGUGGAGACUCCAUGGCCGCUGUUGCUCUGUCACGUCGCGCUUUGAUGGGGUAUGACUUUGAUCUGCCAACUCGAGCCAUUCUGAAGCAUCCAGUGUUGUCGGAAAUGGUACUGGAAAUGAGACAGCGCACUCGAAAGACACAAUCUGUGUCAAGCUUCAUGAAAACACCCAGAGCCAUACAGGAAGAAAUGUCCAAGGUUGGGCUCGAAAAGAGCGCCUGGGAGUGCCUGUACCCAUGCUUGCCGGGACAAUCCGAGUUCCUCUCCCAAUGCUCAAAAUCAGACAGGACAUGGGUGUUGCAAACGACUCGAAAUAUUGCCAACAACGUUUCCAUGCUUGAGCUCCAGCGUGAAAUUGAAACAUUAACUGAGAUGAACGAUAUCCUGCGGACCACAUUCAUCAAGAAUAACGGAAGGUGGUAUGGUGUUGUACUUCGUGAGUACGAAGUCAAGUUUGAGUAUCGGCAGGUCUUGAGUCAGGCGCACAGAGAUGAGGAAAUUGCCACGAUCUACCGGCGCCCUUUUGAAUUUGGACAUCCUUUCAUUCGUUACGUUGUUGUCGAACAGCCAAAUGAUUGUCGAGAACUUGUCAUUACGAUGAACCACGGGCUGUACGAUGGCACAAUGCUUAAAAUCUUUUCUUCGCAUCUGAAAGCUGUUCGCAGCAAAGGGCCGAUGCCAUCUUUAUCUCUUUUCAAGCAUCUUGUGUUUCAUCAUUACGCAGGAUUGAAAAAUGAGCGUCAGUCUGCCUUGGAUUAUUUUGCUGAACGAAAACCUUUCAAGACUCGUAUCUUUGAUAUCGAAGAUCCAGAUGCAUCGGAGACGAUUUUCGUAGACAAAGCUGUCGAUGGACUCGAAGAAUUUGCCAGACGAGCAGAGGUCACGAUACCGGUUGUUAUCCAAGCAGCAUUUUCGAUCGUUUUGUCGGGGCUUACUGGAACUUCUGAAACAAGUCUUGACUCGUUGGUUGAUGGGCGUCAUAUCAAUGUACCGUGCCAGCCAGGUCACGACCCAGCUGCUGUUAAUGGUCCCUGCGUGAACUUUGCUCCGAUGACGUUUAAGGUGUCGGGUAGCAUCAGAGACUUCCUGAAACACGUCAAUUCGGUUUUCCGGGAGGUUGCCGAGAAUGCUAUCGUAAGUCUCGAUGAUAUUUAUGCCGUUUGGGGCCUCGAUCGUGGCACGCAUCAAAACCAGGUCAUGUGUUUGUAUCAACCAUACCAUUUAGCAGAACUGUGGAUGUUCCAAUCUCUGGACAAGAAUAGCAUACAUGUUGAGGUGGCAGAACAAGAGUAUGGACGAUGGGGCACUACAGCGGGUCUAGAAACAAAGAUGAGAAAGCCAUAUGCUAUGGUAGUCGAGGGUUGUGAAUUGCCUCGGAAAGAGGAGAAGAGGAUCAAGAUCUCCUUCGAUCCGCGGGUGAUGGAGCAAGCUAAAUGCGUCCCAGACGAAAUGUGGGAUGCCAUCGAGAAGAUGGUGCAUGUUGAUAUGGACGAAAACGUGAUUAAUGUAUUAUGA